AUGGAUCUCUUCGUCGAUAUCGUCACUCCCAACGGUCGGAGCUACAAGCAGCCCACCGGACUUUUUAUCAACAACGAGAUUGUGCCCGCAACUGGGGGCCAGACCAUCACCUCUAUCGACCCCGCAACCGACAAGCCCAUUGCCACCGUCCAAGCUGCUAGUGCCGAAGAUGUCGAUCGUGCUGUGAACGCUGCCAAGGCGGCCCUGGUGCAUCCCUCAUGGAAGCAGCUCCCCGCCACGGAGCGGGGCCAAUUGAUGGCCCGACUUGCCGAUCUUAUGGAAGAGAACCGAGAGCUGCUCGCUUCUAUCGAUGCAUGGGAUAAUGGAAAACCUUACCAUGUCGCCGUCGAUGAAGACCUCACCGAGGCAAUUACCACAAUUCGCUACUACAGUGGAUGGGCCGAUAAGACCUUCGGUCAAACCAUCAAUACAACCCCCCAAAAGUUCGCUUACACAAUUCGCCAACCUAUCGGUGUCGUCGCCCAGAUCAUUCCUUGGAACUACCCCCUGUCGAUGGCCACCUGGAAGCUUGGUCCCGCAUUAGCUUGUGGAAACACAGUUGUGCUAAAGCCUGCUGAGCAGACUCCCUUGAGUGCUCUUAUUCUCGGAACUCUGAUUAAGCAGGCCGGCUUCCCUCCUGGCGUCGUCAACAUCGUCAAUGGCUACGGACGCGACGCAGGCGCCGCGCUCGCCUCACACCCUCUGGUGGAUAAGGUCGCAUUUACAGGAUCCACGGGUACUGCUCGGGAGAUUAUGAAGAUGGCCGCAGGCACCCUUAAGAACAUUACACUCGAGACCGGUGGCAAGUCCCCUCUGGUCGUGUUCCCAGACGCGGAUUUGGACCAGGCUGUCAAGUGGUCGCAUGCCGGAAUCAUGUCCAACAAGGGCGAGAUCUGCACCGCCACCUCAAGAAUCUAUGUCCACCGCGAUAUUAUCGACUCAUUCACCGCCAGCUACAAAAAAGCAGUUGAGAGCGUGAAGAUCGGUGACCAAUGGGACGAGGCUGUAUUCCAGGGCCCACAGGUCACCCGCGCCCAAUACGAUCGCAUUCUCUCCUACUUCGAGAUCGCCAAGAGCGAAGGUGCCAAUAUCAUCACUGGCGGUGCUGCAUACAAGCCCACAGAUGCGAAGAACGCAAACGGAUACUUUAUCCAGCCUACCGUGAUUACCAAUGCCAGCGAUUCUAUGCGCAUUGCUCGUGAAGAGAUCUUCGGUCCGGUCGUAGUGAUCUUCCCCUUCGACGACGAGGAAGAGGCAAUUCGCCGUGCGAACGACACAACUUACGGUCUUGGUGCAUCUGUCUUCACGCGCGAUCUGGAGCGUGCUCACCGCGUCGCUGCGGAGAUCGAGUCCGGUAUGGUGUGGAUCAACAGCAGUCAAGACUGCGACCCCCGCAUUCCAUUCGGAGGCGUGAAGCAGAGUGGUAUCGGGCGUGAGCUGGGAGAGGCUGGUCUAGAGGCUUACAGCCAGACUAAGGCGGUCCAUGUGAACAUGGGCACCAAGCUAUGA